AUGAUUCCGGUCGUGCGGCAGAAGACUGCUGCUGCAAUCCGCAAAGCUUGCAGCCAGAAGCCAUUGGACUUCACCAGCAACUUCGAUUCGCUUCGCCAACAUAGAUGUACGCAGACUGCUUCUUGCUUUGCCAGCGAUGAGUUUGGUUUGGUGGCCUAUUCAAGCGCGUUGAUUCGAAACAGGGAGAAGGAUGGUGCAGCAGACUUCAAUGUUUGGAUGAAGAUCUCUGAUCGAGGUACUGAGUUGCUGGAUCGUGGAUCUCCUCGGGUGUUGGUCUGGCUCCUCGAUGCUUUAAGUGAUGCAGAUCUUCAUCCCGAUGAGCGGAAACAGUUGACGUUCCCAAGAGCUUAUCGUGACACGCUGAACGUCAAGUCGUCAUCGGAGGCGCUCUCCGAGUUCAGCAAUGAUGAGUUGUGUAUCGCAUGGCGCGCUUUUGAUCGUCUUCAGCUUCUGGACAGGCCGACACUGAAGCAAUUUCUUCAUGCAACCACUAAACCGUUGCUGACACAACGCUGUCAUGGUCCCAUGUAUGGCGAGGUGCGACCACGUUACAGCUCAUUUACUCUAUGGAAUUGGGUGAUCCAGGCGGAGGGACUUCGCAAUCUGAAGCACCAGCCACUGCAAGCAUCUCCGGUCAUUGCGAAGUCCAUGGCAAAGCGGCUGCUCGUGGAAGAAGAGCACCAACUUCGCGCAGAAGGCUUAACCUUUUCUGCGCUGCAAGCACUGGUGAACAUGGUGCCGCUUUCCUCACGGCAGAGGCACAGAAUGGUAGCUCAGCUAUCUUUUCUGCUGCCAGCCCUCUCAUCGGCUGAGUUGGCCGCAUUGCCUCGUUUAGCCUCUCGGGGACAGCUCCAGGAUGAGGACUUCUUCCAGCAAGUGGCACAGCGAUUGAGUGAGGUUUUUCGGCGGUUGACGACCCGUGAGCUUCUCACAGCAUUUCGCGGUCUCUUGGUUUGGCGAGUUGGAGUGCCCGGCUUGGACCGGAGCGCUGCUGUGGCCUUUGGUGACCAUGUCAUGUGGAAUGAGCAGACACCCUCGACGGCCCUCCGGCUCUUGCGGGCGCUGGGUCGCAUUGAUUCGUCCACUUUGAAUGUGGGCUCUCGUGAAUCAACUACAGAAGAGCAAGUGAUGUUAGUGAAAGCAUUCCGUGGAAGCUUGAAAGUGUUGACGAGUCCUGCGGCCAAGCAGUCACUUAAUAGCAGGGACCUCUUGGUCGCGAUGAAUGCACUCGGGCAGAUCUCUCGGGCAUGGGAUUGGUUGGGCUCAGGGAUUGGUGAGGCAGAAGCAGAAAAAGAGGUGCUGGAAGAGCUUCACAAUUGUACACUGGUGCUGAGCGAAGUGGUAGGUCUAGAAUUGAUGCUAGAUGAUGCACAUGACCUCGCUGGGAAGACUUCUUGGGAUAGCUACAGUGCCCGGGAUUUGGCACUGAUGCUUUUGGCCCAGGUUCGUGUGGCUCGACGCCUUCGAAGUCCUUCGGAUGGCUUACCACAAAUGACUCAAAUACUGUGCCACCGGCUAAAACGAGCGGCUGUGCAUCGGGCCCAGCUUGGCCGGCUUGAUCAGCAAAAGCUGAAGGAUGUGGCCGCGGAAGCCAAAGCAGCGCUUUCAGCAUCCUCGCUAAUGCUGUCAUAUUGUGCCAAGGAUGUGGACAUGCAACGCAUACAAUGCCAGGAAUAUGCUUACACGGAGCCUUUGGAAGUCAUCGUCAGCUGGAGCGAGGCUGCUUCAAAGCUGGGGCUUGGAGCAUUUGAGGACUCAUACAAGGCCUUGGCCGCUACCACGAUGCUAAUCAGUACUUCACCAAGCAGCACAACACCCGAAAUGAAAGGGUUGCUCGGGUGGCUCCUGAAGUUUGCCACAGGCAUCCAAGAUUUCCACGAGAAACCAAUUGGUCAGGACCCAGAGCAAGAAGACCACUCUCAUUUGACGACGCAAAUGGCAAACUGGCACUUGGACAGCUGUUUACACGCUAUUGCGGUCCUAGAGACGCUUGAUUUCAAACCAGAUUGGUUGAUCCAUUUGCAGGAUGCAGUUCUGAGGGAAGUUUCAAAUCGAAUUCCAAAACUGAAGAAGAACAGUAUUGUUUUCUGGCUCCGCCUGUUGGAUCCGCACCUUGCUCCGCAUCGCUUGGCCAAGAAGUUGACACUCGAGCUCCGCUGUGGUGGAAGUGAGUAG